AUGUCCAGCUUCAUCCCCUCGACCCUGCGCACCCGCCCAGACGCGCCCCAAGACGCGCCCACCUCGUCCUCGCCCCCGCGACUCUCCCUCCCCGACCAGGUCUACACCGACUGCCAGUCGUGCCGCAUCACGGGCACCCUCACCUUCUCCGCCGUCGGACUGUACGCCCUCACCGUCUCGCGCGCAACCGCAAAGACCCCCGUCGGCAAGGGUGCGGCGAGCUUGAUGGGUCUCGGCUUCCUCGCCGUCGCCGCCGCCCGCUGGAACACCUACUCGCCGCCGCCAGUCGACACCGCCCCGCCUCAGCCGGCGUGA